CAAUAUAUAAAUAUCUGUCCUAUGGAGUUUAAAAGAACACCCAAUCCUAAUAUUACUACUAACCAUAUUGCAGAAAAUAACUUAUUAUUUCUAAUUCAAGAGCAAUAUACUGAAAGUAACUUACCAAUCACUGCCACCUUUAGAAAAAUGACUAUAGAAGUUGCUGCUACUAUUAGACUACCAACUCAUAAGAACAACUUGGUCUGUGUAGAUAUGUUUUACAGACAAGAAGAUAAAGUCCCUUUGGA